AUGUCAAGCUAUUUUUGCUGGUGCAGCAGUAAGACAAGGUUUUCCUUUGUGGUGUUAGAUGGAGCAGCUGAGGAGGCGGGGCUUCAAGUGGGAGACUAUGUCAUGGCCGUUAAUGGAACAGAUGUCACUAGUGUUCCGCACUCUGAGGCAGCCGACUUGGCCAGGCAAGGCCCAGACCUACUGACCUUGACAAUUGGCUCAGACAUUGGACGCAGUCCUAACACUCCAAGACCAGCAUGUCGGGGGUACCUCCACAAGCGCACACAAUCUGGCCUGAUCAAGGGAUGGAGGAAGAGGUGGUUCGUACUGCGACAUGACUGCUGUCUUUACUACUACAGGCACAAAAGGGAUGAGGGCAGGAGACGGGCUCUGUCAGCUGUUAGGCUGGAGGGGGCUGAGGUGGGAGCUGACACCAGUCUUGGUAAACCCUUUGUGUUCAAGUGCUGCCCCCUAUCAGCCAGCCGAGUGUACUUUCUCUGUGCUACAUCUAGCCAGGAGAUGAAAAGAUGGUUGGAGGCCAUGGGAAGAGCAACACAUCCAGUUACUCAGCACCACGUGUGGGUAGAUGUGACUCGCCACAACGCUAGCCUGCCUCCUCUGGCUGUCAAGAACCCAGAGUGUCUGGGCCUGCUCCACCAGAUAGACCGCAACAAGGAUAUGUGUGUUCAACACUACUGCAUACUGAAGGAUGGAUGUCUCUACUUUUACCAUGGCAUCCGUUCUACCCAUGCUCUUGGUGGUAUAUACUUGCAUGGAUACACAGUAAGGGAACAGAUAUUGGGAUCCAAAAAAUCCACCAUUGAACUAAAACCACCAUCUGAGGAGUUCAAAACAUUUUAUCUUUGUGCUGAGGACCCCACUGAAAACAAACGAUGGAUUGUAGCUUUAAAAGCAUCAAUAAAGAAAUGGCUUCCCCUGCAUCAGGCUAUUCAGGACUAUAUGAAUCGGCCUCCAGAAGAAACUAGGAUGUGAGCCCCUUGCUCUUUUCAGGAGAAUCUUCCUCUUAGGUUUCUGUUUAUCUACAAUCAACAUUUCAUUAACAGGAUAAAAUCACAGAAUUGUAUAUUUAUUGUGUUUGACAUUACUGUGAGAGAUAUCAGGUGAAUGUUUAAGUCCAUCCGUUUAGAAGUGUCUGUCGUAAAAUGAUCCUGAGAAGUUGCAACCUCCGGAUUUUCAAGGCGGUUACAUUCAGUUCCAUACACUGUGUUGACAAAAUCCCAUUCUUUGGCUAGAUUGCUCUUACACUGAGUCAUUUGUAUCUAAAGGAAUGUUUCUUGAAAUACUACAAUCACUUCCUACAGUGCUCUUUACAGUACAAUAGCGUACAUUGAAAGUACAACAAAACAAAGGCUUUCUUAUACAUUGUGUUACAAUAUUGUAUUUAAGUGCUCUGAUACCAGUGCUGGGAAUUUUUAAGCUUUUAUACAAUUUAAUAAUCUCUUGAAAAUAAGUCUUGCAUACAUUGAAUGACAAGGUGUGUAAUGUAGGAUGCUAUGAGUUUGUCUUUUUUUUUUUUACAUACAUCAAGGUUGCAUGCUCUGCAAAGCAUCAUGAACAUGAUUAUGUUGGCCAAGAAAUAAAACGUGUAUGUCUACGGUCUGAAACAAUGAGUACAAGUCCAUAACUGAAACUCCAGAACAAAGAAAACCACAAGCAGAAUUGUUUUCAUAAAUGUUUAUGCAUGCUCAGUGUAUUAAAGUAAGCAAUACUUUGUAGUAUAUGUAUGCAAGUAACUUUCAGUUAUCAGGAUAUUUAAAAUCUUAACUAAUAGUUAUAAAGCUUCUCUGAACCCUGGGGUGGAUUAAAGCGGAAUGGAAACCGAAACAUUCUUUGAGAGAAAUGGUAUGUCAUGAUGUAUGCCGCUUCCUCAGAGUUUCCAUAC